UUACAAAUAAAGUGUAUAUUAUUUUUAGGGUAUUUUCAUUUUUACCACCUUCAAAUAAUGACUUUGUCGAAUUUACCACCUCCAAAAAAAAACAUUUACUUUACCACCUCAUAAAAAAAUUAAACAUCAGUUUUACCACCUCAUCUGAGCUCAGGUGACGGAAAACGCUUGUGGGGCCCAGUUAACUGUCACUUCCCUCCAAUUUAAUUCUUUUAAAAUCGAUUUCCCUCUGUCUCCUCCUUUUCUCACCUUCCACCUUCCAUAAUCAAUGUCUCACCAAAUUUCUCACUUCCUCAUCAAUUUUCGUCUCUUUCUCCUUUGAUUUUUCUUGAUUCUCACUGUAACUGCUUCUCUCUCCUUUGAUUUUUCUCUUUCUCUCUGUAAAAACUGAAACCCUAGAUCAAUUUGGGUGGUUGAAAUCGAGCUGGAACCACAAAAUUGCAACACAUCAGCUUCUCUUGUCAUCUUCCACAGGGUGAGGGGACCAAAAGCUUGGUAAUUUGCUGACAGAAAUCGAGAUUCCUGACUACAAGAGAAUGGACACAGUGGACUUAAAAAUUACAGUAGGGGGUGCCUUUAUACCUUCUUUAGCUGGUAAAAAUAGAAGGGUGUUAACUUGGGAUGGUGGGUGGGUUUAUUGGAUGAGAAAAGUGGAAAAAAAUAAGAUAGAUGUACACUUUUUGAGGCAAGCAGCUAUACAUGGGUUUGUGUAUGUGAAUGUGAAGGUUCCUAGGGGGUUUAGUUGCUGGUAUAAACAAAAGGGCAAGUCUUGGGUGAAUGGUAAAAGGGAGCUUGUUGAUGGUGAGGUGAAUGGUUUCCUAGAGUCUAUGAACAAAGAGGGGGCAUGUGAGAUGUAUGUUACCAGUCAUGAGCCAAUUGAAGGGACUAAAAAAACACCCUUCAAAUGUAUAGCUGGGAAUGAGCUAACCCCUGCACAAAGGAAGGAACUGAAAAAGAGGUUUGGUGGGCCUAAAGUAUAUAAACCCAGCCCAGAACUUAGUAAGCCCACUGAAGAAGAGCCAUUUAGGAGAAGCCCUAGGUUAAAAGGCAUUGUUAUACAUGACAGAGAGGCUGAGGAGAGGCUUCCUAGGGCAGAGAAAGUGAAUGCUAAUACACAUAAAGGGAAGGGUAAACUCACUGCUGCAGAUAAGGGUAAGGCUAAGGUUGGGGAUGAGACUGGAAAUUUUGCUAAUUUAGUGAGAAAAAUAAAAGAAAGAGUGAGGAGCUUAAGGGAUGACAGUGAUGUGUUUAGUGAUGAGGAUGAUGAUACAGAGUCUUCUGAUUCUGAGUUGAGUGAUUUUGAGUUAGAAGUUGAUGAGGGAGAGGAGGACUUAUACUCUGAUGAUGAUGAACAGUGGUUGAAGAAAAAUUUAGACCAUAUUAACAGUGAGGUGAAAGGCAGUUUGAGGGGAGUUACUGAAGGAGGGGAUCAAAGUGAUGAUGAGGACACAGGGUUUGACAUAGAAAGAAAUCUACAGAAAAUUGAAGUGAGGGUUGAAGAGGAGGCAGCUUGUGAUUCUGAUGAGCUAAAGAGUGUGGAAGGUGAUUCAGAUGAUGAUCAGGGUAGUGUUACUUGGUUUAACCCUGAGACAGACUUUGAAAGGGCUAUCAAAUUUGUAGUUGGUCAAAGGUUCAGUGAUGUGCAAACAAUGAGAAAAGCUUUGAGACAACAUGCAAUUGAAAAUAGGUAUGAGUAUUACCUUCUUCACAAUGAUUCAAAGAGGCUAACAGCAUAUUGCAAAAGGAAAUGCAAGUGUGUGUAUAACAAGAACAGUUGUAGGAUAGUGAAGUGUACAUGUAGUAAGGGUGUUAGGUGUAGGUUCAAGUUUUAUGCAACAAGGCUUGUGAAAUCAGAGGCUUGGCAAAUUAAGACACUAAGGCUGAAGCAUAGGUGUGUUAGGAGUAAAAUGAACAACAAGGUGACAGCAGAGUUCCUUGCUGACAGGUACUUGGAGGAGUUCAGGGGCAACCCCAGAUGGAAGAUUAAACAGAUUCAGGACAGGGCCUUGAAUGACUUGGGGAUCAAAAUUACAUACUCCAAGGCUUGGUUGGCUAGAAGCAGGGCAAAGCUUAUAAUAUAUGGCUCUUCAUCAGAGCAAUACUCAAAGGUUUGGGACUAUGGGAAGGCACUGCUGAAAUGGAACCCAGGGAGUGAGUGUAAUGUGGUGGUGGAUGAUAUUAAUCAAAUUGAAAGACCAAUUUUUAUGAGGAUGUUUGUGUGCUUAGCUGCACUUAGGGAUGGAUUCAUUUCUGGUUGCAGACCAGUAAUUGGGGUGGAUGGGUGCCAUCUAAAAGGGGCAUACCCUGGGCAGAUCUUGGUUGCAGUUGGAAAAGAUGGCAAUAAUUCCAUCUUCCCAAUUGCUUGGGCAACUGCAGAGAUUGAGAACAAGGACAGCUGGUGCUGGUUUCUGGAGAGCUUGCUCAAGGCACUUUGUGUGUAUGACAAGGAGAUGGCUUGACUUUUAUGUCUGACAGACAGAAAGGUCUCAUAGAAGCAUUUGCAGAUGUGGCCCCCAAAGCUGAGCUCAGAUUUUGUGUGAGGCAUAUUUGGUCAAAUUUCAAACUGAAAUUUCAUGGUGCAACUUUCAAGGAAUUGUUCUGGGCUGCUGCUAGGGCAAGCACUCUGGUAAGCUUCUAUUUAGGUUCUUUUAUGUCAGUUUUAUGGUGAACUAUAAUGUAUGCUAGGAACAUUUAGUUUUGCACAUAUUUGCAUGUCUUUCUAUUUUGUGAAAACUGUAUGCCAUGUGUCUAUGUUGUGUUGAAUGGUUGUCAUGUGUGUGGUUGUAUCAGUUUGAGUUUGAAGUUGCUAUGGAAAGUAUCAAUUUUUUGGAUGAAGAAGCAUACCAGUGGCUGUCAAACAUUGACCCCCAGCACUGGUCAAGGCAUGCUUUCUCUACAAACUGCAAGUCUAACAUGUUGUUAAACAACAUGUGUGAGACAUUUAAUGCAGUG